UCAGAGCCUUGUUUUUUGAUAACACUGUUCAUGAACAAUAACAGUACUACCUCCGUGACGUCAUCUGCUCGCCAAAGUGCCAUCACUUUGGGCCAAAUAUUUGUCAUCAGUGCCGCAGGCUGUUGUUUGCUUGAUUUGCCGCUGCCCUGAUGUGAUUGAACACAGGCUGCUAAUCCCUGAAACUGCUCCACGGCGUUAUAUAGCGCGCGCGGCCUCGGCUCGGGCGCACGAGCGUCACGGCGGCACGUUGUCCUGAGCAGAAUGGAAAACGGAGGAGGAAGUAAGUUGCCCCAGGGGUCUCAACAGAGCACCUGCCCGGCUCACAGCAAGGGUCCCGAGACCGGAGGGGUCUCUGGGCGUCACUGGGAAGACGCGGACCACUCUGUAAACCCAGCGGCGGACUCGCCGGGCAGUGACUCCAGAGGCGUCCGCUCUCUGGAAGGAGCGCACAGGCGGAGGGGCGCGAGCGAGAGGGCACGCGCGCUACGCGUGAGUAUAAACGCGCGCGAGCGCAGGCGCAUGCACGACCUCAAUGAGGCGCUGGAUGAGCUGAGGGCCGCCAUGCCGUACCGAGCCGGACCCACCGCUAAGAAACUGUCCAAGAUCGCCACGCUGCUGCUGGCCAGAAACCACAUCCUCCUGCAGGCGCGCGCGCUGGAGCAGAUGAGCAGGAUGGUGGGGCAGCUGAAGGCUGGACACUAUGUUAGCGCAGGAGGCGACGGUCAGCGCGGGUCCCUGGACAAUGUGAUAUAAGAGACGGCGCUUCUGUUUCCUCUGGGCCAGUCUUUGAUCAUUUGACCUUUUAUUGAUUCUCUUGGUUUCUUUCAUGUGAGAACUUUCCCUAAGAAGCUAUGACGAAGAAGCAUUUAGGACCUUCUCUUUAUCGAGAAUGCUUUGAGAUAGAUAGAUAUGUAUGGAUAUAGAUAUAGAUAUAUAUGUACACACACACACACACAUGGUAGU